AUGAUUUCAGAAAAAUUGAAAGAACUAAAAAAGUAUAAGAAAGAACACAAAAAAAAAUGGGAGGAAGAGAAAGAUCAUGAGAAGGAGUUAUAUAGUAAAGAAUGUGUUGCUCAUUGUAUCAACUUUGUUGUUGGUGAAGCAAAAGAUGAAGUUGCUGACUUGAAAAUUCAUGAUAGAUUUUCCUGUUAUUUAGCAACAAUACUUGCAAGGGACAAAGAAAUAGUUGCAGUAUGGUUGAAAAUUUUAAAAGAUAGCAGUGAAAUUUACCUUUCUAAGAACUUUGAUUGGCUCAACAAAGAUGUGAAGUAUAUUAAUAAUAUUACGAAUUAUCUGAAAGUUAUAUCAAAAAAUACUCCCAUCAAAUCAACAGAUACCGAAAAGGCUUUUUACCUAGCUGUGAUGUCAUAUUGCUAUACUAAAUUUGAGUUUAGAUGGAAUAAACUUAAGAAUGAUAUUAAUAAUGGUGAUAAUAAUGAAUACGUUAAAUCUUUAAAAGAUUAUAUUUCAGCAGAGCUUGGUGAUUCAGCAACUCCUAUCAACAUAUCCUUAGUUUGUUACGAGUAUUAUAAGCAAAUUAAAGCUAAAGUUAAUUCUAACAUCUCCCCAAAAUUUUUAGGCCAUAUUAAGAAAGUGGGAUCUUAUUUUGGGUCUAUUAAAGGUAUCAUAAAUUGUGCAAAGAAUAUACAAUAUAAACCACUAUUCUCUAACAUUAAAGUAAAUAGAGGAAGGCCUGUUAUCAUAAAUAAACAACCUAUAUAUUCAUGGGAAAAUAUUAUCAAAAGGUUUAUUGAUGAAGAUGAAGACAAAUAUAAUCAUUUCAUGACUAGGUGUUCGAAAAAGCCUGAAGUAAUGGAAAGAAUCCAUAAAGUAUAUACCGACAAUGCCACAAAACAACUACAACUUAACAAUGAUAAUGUUGAAAAAUGUAUAUACUUACAUGCGGAGAUGCACAUUUUGGCCUCCUUAAUUAUCGACAAUAAAAUUAAAAGUAGGGUGUUUAUAGCAGUGUCAAAGAAAUGCUGUUACUUGUGUGAACUUUAUAUUAAUUUUGCAAUAAAACAAGGAUAUAACAUUGUCAUUUCUGGGAAACACCAGAAAUUAUAUGAUAGAUGGAUACUUCCGCAUGUAAAAAAUAGCGACUUCAAGGAUAAAUCCCUGAUAUAUAUACUAGAAAAUCUUAAUCAAAUCAUAGAGAAAAAAAUAGAACACUAUAUCAAAAGUUUGCCAGCAAAUUUUGACAAUAGUGGAAAUAAUCUAGAUUUAUAUGAUAAUGGUAAUAAUAUAUAUAUGAGAUAUAUGGAAUAUAUAAAAGAUUUUGACAAUGUAUGUAAGAAAAUAGAUUUAAAAUUUAAAAUUUAG